AUGACGGAUAGGUCCCUUCGCAACACGAGCUUGAGCGAGCUCGAGGCGAGUUUCCCGUCGACACUGCGAUUUCUCGACUUGCAGACGAACGCGAAUUUGAGAGCCAUUUACGCCAACUCAUCGCAGCUGGCACUCCUCCAAAAAACAAAAGUUUGGGCCCCGCCCCUUCUCGAGCUGCCGUUCUAUCGCUGCAACGACACCCGCGUGGUCCGCACCGAGUACAUCACCACGACGGCGGGCGGUGUCGACCAGUUGUUCCCGAUCUGUGUCGUGGCCGACGCGGUCGCUCCGUCGUCCAAGCCGGUCAUCCACGUCGGCACGUGGAUUGGGGCCAUCGCGGCGGUCAUUAUCGUCGCAGGCAGCGUCAUCGUGUACCUCGUGUGGCGGUCCCGCGCGCAAGCAAAACGCCAGGCCGAGCUUGUGCAGCAGAACGCGUCGCUCCUCGCCUCGUCCGCGGCCAACAAGCCGCAGUGGUACGAAGAGUCGGGCGACGCGGCGGCCUACUACCACGUGGUCGAGAGCGCGCGGCUGAAUUACGACGUGCGCUUUGACGACUACCUCGCGCCGUACCGGAUUCCUGUCGAGGACCUCGAUCGCCACCUUGUCAUUGCACGGGGUGGCUUUGGCGUCGUCUACUACGGCACGCUCCGGAAGACAACGCCGGUCGCGAUGAAGCGCAUGCUGCCCCAUUUUAUCGACAGCGCCGACGCGAUCGAAGAGUUUAUGCACGAGAUCCGGCUCUACGCGCACCUCACGCACCCCAAGAUCGUCGCGUUCAUCGGUAUUACGUGGACCACGCUGUACAACAUCUCGAUGGUCACCGAGUUCAUGCCGUUCGGCGACGUCUGGAGUCUUCUGGAAGCCAAUGGGAAGACCCGGUCAUGGCACGACCGCCUCCAGCGCGACCCGAUUCUGGCCGCGCAAGCGUCGCUCGGGACACCGUCGACGGCACCCAACAGCAACUCGGAGACGACCGAGCUUCCGGCACUCGACCGCCGCGGCCACAGUGGCCCGCCGUCGGUGCCCGACAAUGGCGUCUCGCGCUUGAGCAUCCUCACGGACGUUGUCGACGCGAUGGCGUACUUGCACAGCUUUCCGACGCCCGUGAUCCACCGCGAUAUCAAGGCCCGCAAUGUGCUCCUCGGACCGCAGUACGAGGCCAAAUUGACCGACUUUGGCACGAGCCGACUCCGCGUCGACGAGCUCACGAUGACGGCCGAGAUUGGCACGUCCGCGUGGAUCGCCCCCGAAGUGUUAAAGGGCGUGCGGUACACGGAGAAAGCCGACAUUUACAGCUUUGGGGUCAUGAUGACCGAGAUCGACACGGUCCAAGUGCCGUACGCCAAGGUCUACAUGGAGCCCGGCUGUACGCUCGCGUUGGCGCGGGCGCGGAUCGCGAUGCUGGUCGCGACAGGCGACUUGGUCCCGGAGUUUACGGCCGAGUGCCCGCCGGGGAUCGUUGCGAUCGGGAUGCAGUGUCUAGCGCACAACCCGGACGACCGGCCGGCGGCGACACAAGUGGCCAAGCUGCUACAACAAUACCACUUGCGUCAACUCCUCGGCACCAACUAG